GUCCCUCAAUUAACAAACAAAACACUCCUUCAUUCCUUCAAUCUCUCAAAAUCCACUAAAAUAAAAACUUGCCUUAUUUUACUCCUCCAUAAUCAAUGGACAAUCUCUAGCUAAUCAAUACUUUUUUCUCUCUCCUCAAUCACACAACCAUUACACUCCCACCUUCUCCAUUCUCUCUCCUCAAUCUAAAUCAAUCCGCCAUUAAUUUAGCUGAAGAAUCAAGCAAAAGAACCGCAAUUUUCACAGCGAUUAGCAAACCCUAGAAAUCGAAAAAAUCCCCAAAUUUGAUCAAGAUGAGGCCGCAAAGAAGGCCGAUCCAGACAGUAAUGGCGUGGUUAAGACGUCAACCGCCGAAAGUGAAGGCUUUUCUUGCGGUGGUUGCUGGAAUGGCGGCGUUAGUUUUGUUGCGAGCAGUUGUUCGAGACCAUGAUAAUCUCUUUGUUGCUGCUGAAGCUGUUCAUGCUAUUGGUAUAGCUGUUCUUAUUUACAAACUUACUAAGGAGAAAACUUGCGCUGGACUCUCACUGAAGUCACAAGAGCUAACAGCUAUCUUCUUAGCUGUUAGGCUGUACUGCAGUUUCGUGAUGGAAUAUGAUAUUCACACUCUGCUUGAUUCAGCUACCUUGGUUUUUACAUUGUGGGUCAUCUAUAUGAUUCGAUUUAACUUAAGAUCCACAUAUAUGGAGGACAAGGACAACUUUGCUCUUUAUUAUGUGUUAGUACCUUGUGCUGUAUUAGCAUUUCUUGUUCAUCCAUCAACUUCCCACAAUAUUUUAAACAGGAUUUUGUGGGCAUUUUGUGUAUAUCUAGAAGCUGCCUCUGUGCUGCCACAGCUACGAGUUAUGCAAAAUACAAAGAUUGUUGAACCAUUUACAGCACAUUAUGUGUUUGCGCUUGGAGUAGCUAGAUUUUUGAGCUGUGCCCACUGGGUUCUUCAGGUACUGGACAGUCGUGGCCACCUUCUAACGGCGUUGGGAUACGGAUUAUGGCCGUCCUUUGUUCUUAUUUCGGAGAUUGUGCAAACUUUUAUUCUGGCAGACUUCUGUUAUUACUAUGUGAAAAGUAUCUUUGGAGGGCAACUUGUCCUUCGUCUUCCCUCAGGAGUCGUGUAAACUACAGUUCAUAGGAAGGAGGCUGCACCAACAGAAACGGUUUUCCAAAACUCAAGGAUGGUUUUAUUUGCUCAUUCAGCCGGUCUUUGUACUCCAUACAGGCUAUCAUGCGCUUCUAAUGCUAGUGUGUGACUACUAUAGCUUAAUCCAGUAGGGGUUGUUUACAAGUUAGGGAAAGGAAAGCAUUGGAUCAUUGUUGAACUAAACGAUAUUUAUCUGGAAUUAACAUUUUUAUAUAGCAUCAGAAACUCAGAUUUGUCUUUUA